UGUAUAUCUAACUAGUGAGCUGUUCACUACCGCGUCGCUCCUCGCUGCCCAGCCUCAGCAAUCCGUCCACUACUUAAACUUUGACCUAAACGUCACGGAACAAGACAACGAAAUAUAACAUAAGCAUGAGUGGUACCCGGAGAGCCGCGAUGCUGCUGCCGCUUUUGCCUCUGCUGCUUCUGGCGGCAUUGCUGAGGCCGGCGAACUGUUGCGAGUACCAGGCCGUAGACUCCCGCCAUACCAUGUGUAGCUUCCGUCCUGGACAGUGUUCCGGCAAGACCCUCUUGCGUACCGGAGGACUUACCUGUCAGGACAAGGAAACCAUCUUAGACACCCACAACAGCCUGCGCCAGAAGGUCUCUAUGGGCCACGUCCAUAACCAGCCUCCAGCACUCAACAUGCGGACAUUGGUGUGGGAUGAAGAACUAGCCACAGUAGCCCAGCGGUGGGCAGAUCAGUGCAUGCCAGGCCACGACCGAGCCAGGAAUGUGGCACGCUUCACCGUGGGCCAGAACGUGGCAGCGGCCUGGACCUACGAGAGGGAUGAGGGGGACACGCCGGACUUCGCUACACAGGUGGAGGCGUGGUUCAACGAGGUCAAUCAGUACGGCUUUCCCAAGGGCAGUGUGGACCCCUUCAGAUUCAACAAGGCAACGGGUCACUACACACAGAUGGUGUGGGCAGAGACAUACCUGGUCGGGUGUGGCUACGCCUACUACAAGGACCCUGCCCUGGGCUACACCAAGAUCUACGUGUGUAACUACGCCCCCGGAGGCAACGUGAUAGGAGGCUCCCUGUACAAGCUCGGGUUCCCUGGCCAACAGUAUUGUGUCAACGACGGGCUCCACCCCUCAACUGCCUACCAGGGCCUUUGUGAUAAGGACGCGGUGAGCCUGCCUGGGCCGUGCGGCAAGGGCUACCAUCACCCACCAGCCUCCAACAGCAUAUCAUCAGGUGGCCAUCACCCCAUGAUGACGCCCCAUCAAUCCCCCCACCACAUGAUGAUGCCCCAUCCCGCCCCCCACCACCCCAUGUCUGCCCAUGGACCCCCACACGACUUCAUGGACCACGACGAUCACGACCUUAUGAGACCCUCCGAGUUCCUCAUGAAGGGAAUUCAGGAACCUUUCAAGGGGCUCAUGAAAAUUCUCAACCCGUGGAACAUACUGAAUCGCUUUACAGGAUAGAGACCGCCAUAUUUUCCACUACACACCGUGCCCACCGCCCUGGCGUCCACUGCUGUUUGAGCUCCUUCCUGGGAGCUCACAAACUCAAAUUAUUCUCGUCGUUUCGUUACCAAUAUUUUGUACUUAUAUCUGUAAGAGUCGUGAUUGUAGUGUCUUAGUCAUGAUGUGUGUGUGUGUGUAAGCGUGGCUUGAAGUGUCAAUUGAAUUUUGCCGAGUGAUUAAAGCAUUCAAAGUACAACUGUUAAGAAGUGCAGUGCUGCGGUGCAGCAAACUGCCUGUGUGGUAGUCUGUGUGAAGGCCACUCCUUGUUACCCUACAAGAAGACAACUACACGUAAGAAACUCAUGAAAGCAAAUAUCAUAUAUUACGAGACUCAGGUAGCACUCGAGAAACAUAUACAAGUGGAAGACAUGCAUUUAAAACAAUUCAUAUAUCAUAUUACUAUUAUGGGUGGCUUGAUGAAGUUUUGGCAGUGGCUUUUUAAUAGUUUACCUGAGUGUUGGUUAAGUGUUAAUAUAUGUAUGAGGAGGAACUGGGGGGAUACUUUGUAACUUGUCUUCUAGGAAGACUUAAUCUCCUCAUAACUUAUAGUCGGGUAAAUCUGUGGUGAAUCUUAGCCAGAAAACACGUAUUGUGAUUUAUUCUUCAAUAGAUCAUUGAUGAGUGUUAAAUCAAUUUAACGUAAACAAGCAGACUGACUUUGGGUCCUAGAGUGUUCCAGGCUCGUCUGACAUAUUUUGUGAUACUCAUGUGUUCGAGGCAAGACAGAUGCACCGCACAGUCACGAUGGUUAUGUUCUAAUGUAUAACUUGUCAAGAUGGGCCAGGAAAUAAAAUUUCAUGGCUUUGCCACAGAUGUAAUGUACAAUAUCCAUGCAGUUUGGAUAAAGUACUGUAUGGUGGGUGAUGUACUUGUGCCGGUUAGGGAUGGUUCACCGCCUCAAGGUUGUCUGAGAAUCACACGAAUACUACUGUACAUAUUCGUCAGCUGAUUGCACUGUAAAUAUUCGUCAGCUAAUUGCACUGUAAAUGUGCUUGGGGUGGCUCAGAAUAUUAUUAUAUUAAUGUACUAUGUUUGUCUGUGCAUCAUGUUGUUAGUUUGAUGCAGUUAUAUACUGUGUGUAAAGUAUAAAUGUAGACUGUUGUUUGCGGAACAAGAUUCACAAUCAGUCAUCACAAUAGUUUUCAUGAAAUUUUAUACUAAACGUUAGCUGUCAUGCCAAGGAAUAAUCUUCCCUUACACGCUUUCCCUCCUAAAAUUGUCUACUGUACUUAUAUGUGGGUUUACAUUUUACCACACUCUAAAAUGCUUUUAUGAAACGUAAAUAAACUGCCAGGGUUCUUAAAUAUGUACUUUUGUAUGUUGCUUCAGCACAAUGUACUGUAUAGUACUGUUAAGUUCUUUUGCGUCUGCUAGCAGUAAACAAAAAUGUUUUCUUGGUUAUGUUGAGAGGAGCCAUAUUUAAAAAGUAUUAUAUUUAAUUAGUAUACAAUAAAGUUUAUUUAACUUGACCUUAGAGGUCACUUCGGCAGAUAUUUUCUGGAUAAAAAUAUUUUCAUUUUUAACUCCUGGAGAUAAUCUAAAGGUGAUGUGGCCUCCCUUGACAAAUAAUACCUGUUAUAAGCAAAAGAUUAAACAUGAUUUUUACUGAUGUCUUAAAACAUUCUUACCUCUUAUAGCAAAUAUUUAUGUGUAGUCGCUCUGUAAACAUUAGAAUAAAUUGCGUCAAUGGGCAGGUCACCCUGCAGUCUUCCCGGGUCACUAUGAGGCUGACCCCCAGGCUAACGGGCCACAUUACGAUUAUUCCAAUGGCAUUACAAAAAUAUGAGAAACAAUUAUGUCGCGAGUAUUAUCUCUUGAUCUUUGUAAGGAAUACCCAAAUGUAUAGUUCAUAUUACUGUAGUUAACUUCAUAACCAUUUUCAUCCCAAAACAAAAAACCUAUAAAAAGUGUAGUUUGAUGAGUGUAUCUUGUAUGUGUUUGACAGUGUGGCGACCUGGAGAGCUACGAGGAGGUCCUCAAAAGACACACAAACAGAAGAGGCUAUUUAUUGUAUUUAUAGAUACAAGCUUUAUAUUGUAAGUGAUCAACUUUAUAAAUCAAUACAACAUA